GUACUGAACAAGACUGGUUACUCGCGUCAAUGCAUCUGUCUCGUCAUUUAACAUUCAAACAUGGUGUCAGAAGUGGGAUAACUAACCAUGCUUUCCGCAAAUUAGAGUCACCUACUCUGGUUUACAAAAAAAUGCUUAUUUGUGUAAAAUUUCGCCCGGAAUUGGCCUUAGCUAGAGUGAGUUUGGUAGUUAGCUUCAGUGUUGUUAGCACCGGUUAGACAUGGCAGCGAACAUUCCCCAUCCCGCCGUUAUGAAGCUCAGCGGGGAUUGGAGCACGAACUGGGAUACGUUUAGAGGUGAAUGGGAGGACUAUGCGCUAGCAACGGGACUUCUGGAAAAGGAAGAUGAGGUAGUGGCUGCCACUUUGAGGACUAUAAUGGGAAGUGAAUGCCGACACGUAUACAAACACAACCUGAACCUAACAGCAGCUCAGCAAGCUGUCUCUUCAAUGGCUUUCAACAUUGAUGAAGCAAACCCAAAAAUCUACAAGGGGGAGGAAAAGGAUUUCUUUGGAUACAAAGUCCUGCAAUUCAUAUCUGGCAAGGAGAAAGGGGUAAUGGUCAGUGCUCCAUAUCAGAAGAACGGAUCUGGUGGAAUCUGUAGAUGUGCUCAAGACAGAACAGACUGUACAGACUGUUACACUCCUCAAGAAACUGACACAAUCAAGUACAUUGGACUGUCUAUGGCUGGACAUUCUACUUCUCCUCCAACAUUCACUGCCUGCAGCCCUGGUCUGGCACACGAGUGUGAUGGGAACUCCUAUCUGAACAGUAUCUGUUAUCAGUUCAACAGCCAGCUCCAGAUCACCUCGAACUUCACACCUGCCUUCCAAGAAUGUACUAAGAGAAUAGUCGACCUCGUUUUCCUCUUUGACGGAUCAGGAAGCAUGACAACGGAGGAAUUUGAUAAGAACAAAGGUUUCAUAAACAAUAUCAUGACAACCCUAAAAAACUCCUCAAUCAAGUUUGCAGCGGUUCAGUUCUCAUCAAUAGCCAGGACAGUUUUCAACUUCAAUGACUACCAAGAGGGGAGAGCCUUGACUAAUCUUUGGAAAGAAAAGCACAUGUCUAGUCUAACCAACACACAUCAGGCGAUAGACUUUCUUUUGAAAAACAUUUUUGAAAACCAAGCCGCCGGCGCCACCGCAGAUGCAACUAAAGUACUGGUCAUAAUAACAGAUGGAAAUCCCAGUGAUACUGAUAAAAGGUUUAACUCUAUCAACGGAAGUGAAUACAAAAACAUCAUCCGUUUCGUUAUUGGGGUCAAGAAUGUCGAUUUGACAAAACUAAAGUCACUAGCAUCCGAGCCAAAAGAGAACAACACUUUCCUCAUCCAGGACUACGACGGACUAAAAGGAAUCCUAGACAACUUACAAAAAAAGAUAUUCAACAUUGAAGGUUCCAAGACUGCUCUGGCUGGAAACUUGAUGAAAGAGAUGUCUCAGAGUGGGUUCAGUGCUGUCUACGUUAAUAAGGACACCUUGGUUUUGGGCUCAGUGGGAUCAAACAACUGGCGUGGAUCCCUCUUUGAGACUGAGGGUCAGAGAUCAGAGGAAAGGGAAAUUCAGGACCCCACAUUGGACAAAGACUCCUAUAUGGGAUACUCUGUAGCUGUUGGGAAGAAGAACGAGAACCUUCUAUAUUUUACCGGAGCACCAAGAUCUGAACACAUGGGACGGAUCCUACUUUUCAACAAGGUUAACAUCAACUGGACUGUGGCACAAAGAUUGUCUGGAGAACAGAUGGGCUCCUACUUCGGGGCAGAGCUGUGUUCUGUGGACAUAGACUCAGACGGCAACACAGACUUCCUCCUGGUGGGUGCACCAAUGUUUCACCAACCACCGAGAGAGGGCAGGAUCUACGUCUACACACUAACUGAUAAGCUGGAACUGAGGAUGGAGAUGAAUGUUUCAGUGAUGGCACAGGGUAGAUUCGGCUCCUCCAUCUCCUCUCUCACAGACCUGAAUGGAGAUGGGCUGAAGGAUGUAGCUGUGGGUGCUCCACUUGAGGACGAUCACAGGGGGGCCGUGUACAUCUACCUGGGUGAAAAGCUAAAGGGGAUCUGCCCUGAAUUCAGCCAGCGCAUCUCAGCUGCGAGGAUGAGAUCUAAGCUCCAGUUCUUUGGCCAGACGAUUGAUGGGAAGAUGGACCUGGGUGAGGAUGGACUGACUGACAUCGUAGUAGGAACGCGUGGCGCAGUUGUCGUCUUGAGGUCCAGACCGGUCCUCAGCGUCUCUGCUCAUCUCCACUUCCAUCCCUCGGAGAUCAGCACUGAUAACUUUGACUGUCUGGCAAAAGAGACCAUUUCCCCUGUGGUGACUCUGACAGCCUGCUUUAACAUGGCAGAGGCAACAAAGAGUAAAGCUGGGGCGCUGAGUGCAGGGAUGAACGUCUCCUACACGCUGGAUGUGGAUCCAGUGAGACAGAGGAGCCGAGCCUUUUACAAUGACACGAACAAAGGGGCCAGAAGUCUUCUCUCUACUGUGGAGCUGAGAAAGGAGCAGACCUGCUUCAACCACUCAGUCUACAUGACACAAUGCGUAAUUGACACAUUAUCGCCCAUAAUCAUCCAACUUAAUUUUUCUCAAUCUCAAAGCCAACAAGAGAGUUGUACUGCCAUUCUGAAUACUGACAGUCAUACAAAGGCUGUGGUUGAGGUGCCCUUUGAAAAGAACUGCAAAGAAAAUGAAACCUGUUUGGCAGAGCUUGAGGUGGACUUCAACUUCAUCACAUCAACUUUAUUAGUGGUGGACCAGAGUUACUUUAAUGUGACUAUAAGACUGUCCAAUCACGGGGAUGACUCCUAUAACACCAGUCUAACCCUCCUCUACCCUCCUGGCCUCUCAUUCUCCACGAUGCAUCUUCUGAAGUCUACAAGGAGAACGGUGUUCAGCUGUGGUGGUCUGGAAGGUGAAAUGGACAGAACUACAUGCAGUGUCAGCAUACCUGUCUACCGUAGUAAAACUACCGCAGUGUUCACCAGUAAAUUCCAUAUUUUGAAUACAUACAACUGGAACGACACAAUGGAGAUGACCGUCAUCGGCCUGAGCGACAAUGGAAACUCAACCAAUAGUUCCCUAACCCGGACCAUCCCUGUUCAAUUUGCAGUUGACCUGGUAGCAAAAGCCCUUCCCCAAGACUCCACCACUUACAUGAACUUUACUCUGGAGGACACAUCACCUAAAAGACUGGUGAAUGUAUAUGAGGUGCAGAACUUGGGAUUUAACUCUGUACCAGUCACAGUCACAUUCACUUUUCCAACUAAGCUUGAGCACAGAUUUGAAAUGAAGGACUACGAAAUAUCUGUCUUACAGAACCACACUCAAUGUGGAAAGGUUAUCAAUUCACCAACAGAGUACUGCUCUCCAGAAAAAUACUGCAAGUCCAUCGAGUGUGAAAGUUUCCUUUUGGAUAAGUUUUUGACAGUUACAUUUGUGCUGUCUGGAAAUGUUUCCUUCAAGGACCUCGAUCAACAUGCAAAGAGCUUGUCAUUGCCAAAGAAAUUCACUGGGGAUAGAGAAACAGUCAAUUUCAUCAGUUUUGUCAAACUCGGCUAUGACAAAAAACGAUAUGCCCAGACAGCGAGUGACCCAGGGGAUAACUCUACAAGCUUCCACCAAACACAGAUUGAUGUCCAGGCUGAGAUCAUCAUUCAUCCACAAAGAGAGCUGAUACUAGGGACAGGAGUUGGAGUAGGACUCUUUCUCCUGCUCAUCGUCACAAUGGCCAUGUAUAUGAUGGGAUGCUUCCAGAGAAAAAGCCCUGAUUAUGACGAGAAUGAGGGGGAAUAGAGUAAGCAAGAUGACGCUGCUAAGGCUAACAAUGUCUAUGCUAAUGCUUUGGAGAAGCAGCCAAAGCCCGAGAGCGGAGGAGUGGAGUCAAAACCUCUCCUUGUUGACAGACAGUAAAAAAAUGACUUCCACGCUAGCAAUGAGGUAGGGGAGGGACCAAAAGAGAAACAGGAUGUGUCAGAGUCAGAUGCAGGCUAAAGGAGUAGUAGUCUAAGCAACAAAAAAUAAAGUGAUUUAGACUUACCUUAUGUUGCUUCCUUAUGCACACUGAAUAUAUGUAAUUCAACCACCCAAAACCCUUCCACUUGUUGGCCAACAGAUUUUCACACAGUGUUUUCAUUCAAUAAGGUUCAGUACAUUUAUCUAAUAUUUAAUGGAUUGAACUACUGAAUGGCAACUUUCAGGAUGAAUCAAACCAUUAUACUGAGAAGGGCAUACAUUCUCUAAGGGGCCUGACUCAGUUUUAGGAAACAAGUGCCUUUUCUACGCAACUCUCAGUAGUUGGUAUACAGACUUUACUUAUACAGGUGUGCAAUAGGCUUUGGAGGCCUGGUUUCCUUGGGCACACUUAAUUUAAUUAAACAGCUGAAAACCUUCCCACUUGCUGGCCAACAGAUUUCCUUGUGGAGUUGUCAUUCAAUAGGGGUUUCAAAACAUUUAUCUUAAGCCAUCCCUUUAAAUACAGUAUAGCUUUAAUUAGAAUUUGUCGACAGACUAGAAUACAUAGAGAACGUGUUCAGAAUAUAUGGAUCAAUGAAAAAUAGCCAUCUCUAUUUCAGCACCAACUGGUAUAUUUAGGGACAUUUUGGGGUUAGAAAAGUAUGAAUUAGAAAAACUGCCGUAGAGCCUUUAGGCACAAUAUAUAUUGAUGAAUAAAAACAGUGGUUUGAUUCAUCCUGAAAGUUACCAAAUUCAAUCCAUGAAAUUUUGGAAGGUGUAAAAAAAUACAAAUAAAGUGUACAAUAAGUUUUGAAUAGUCCUAUCCUAUUCAUAGAGCUGUAUGACAGUCCAGCCACCAUGCGCCAGACUCCCAAAUUAUUGCACAACAUGUUGGCUGGGUGGGGGGGGAAACGCCAACUUUGGUUCUUUUUUCCGUCAUAGUAAAUAAAAAUGUGUUAACUGACUUGCCUAGUUAAAUAAAGGUACAAAAAAAAAAAAAAUUGUGCUGGAUUUAUUACUUGUGCUUUGAGAUGAUCAAAAUGAUCAAUACUUUAGUUAUGUGCCUUUUGUAAUGUCUUCAUGCUGGCAGCCCAGGUGCAAUGUGUGAGAUGGUGGAAAUCAGAUUUUAAAAAAAGAUUAAAAAAAAAAAAAGGUAUUCAUACCCUUUGUAAUUGAAAGCCUACAUUUGCUCUGGUGCAAUACAUUUCCUCAACAAGUCAAUGUGUUGUACUCCACCUGUGUAAGAAAUGUAUAGAUCACCCACCUUAAAUUAAUCUGUAAGGAUAAAUACCCCUCUCUCUGUAUUGGGGGUGGUAGGGUAGCCUAGUGGUUAGAGCAUUGGACUAGUAACCGAAAGGUUGCAAGUUCAAAUUCCCGAGCUGACAAGGUACAAAAUCUGUUGUUCUGCCCCUGAACAGGCACUGCUCCUAGGCCGUCAUUGAAAAUAGUAAAUGCCUAGUAAAUGUCCCUCGUUUUUAAAUGUCCCCACAGGUGAUAGAUACUUUCAAAAGAAAGAGCAAGUCACAGAGAUGUGAUUAUAGAGAAGCACAAAUCUGGGGAAUGGUACACAACCAUUUCAAAGUCACUGAAAGUCCCUUGAGCUCAGUGCAGUCCGAGUGGAAAAAAUAAACUACCACGACACACCCUAGAUCAGGCCCCCACUCUAAACUUAGCUGCUGGACAGGAAAGGCACUGAGGGAAGCUACUGUGAGGCCAACUGGGACUCUGAAUGAGUUACAUUAGUCAGUGGCUGCAAUGGAUGAUGAUGUAUCAACAAACUCCAAGGAAUUCCACAAAAAUUAUCUUUAUGGGAGAGUGGCAAGGAAGAAGCCCUGACUUUCAAAAAUCCUUGUCUGCAAAGAGUUCGCAAAACGUCCCCUAGAAGAUGCUGCAGUUGUGGCAGAAUGUCUGGUGAUCUGAUGAGACUAAAGUGGAACAUUUUGGCCUGAACGCUAAGUGGGAUGUGUGGCUUUUCAGCAACAGGGACUGGCAAUAUUGUCAUGAUUGAUGAGGAUGAAUGGUGAAAAAAUACAUAGAAAUGCUGGUUAAAAACUUGCUCCUCUUCCAAAAAACAAUAACUGUGGAAGUUUGUUAGAAAAUAGAUGUCCUUGAGCAGCCCAGUCCCUUAAUCUCAUCAAAAAUCUGUGGAAAGACCUCAAAAUGCAGUCCACCAUUCCACAACCUGACACAGCUUGAGGCAUUUUGCAAGGAGGAAUGGGAAAAUACUGCUUUAUUACAGUGUGCAAAGUUAGAGUUGAAAAUACUACUGGCUGUAAUAGCUGCCAGAGGUGGUUCAACCAAGUAUUGACCUAGGGAUGAAUACAUAAAAAUGAACUGUCAUUUA